AUGCGCUUCUUCGCGGUGGUGCUGCUCGUCUUGGGCACGCUCGCCGCCCCCGCCACGGCAGAGGCAAGCCGAGGCCGUCCCUGGCUGUCCAACUGGCGCGGCUGGCCCCACAGGCGCGCGCUUCUGCAGGCGCCGCCCGUCCCGGCCGCCCCCAAGCGCGCUGGCGCCCGCCGGGCCGGUUUUGUGCCGCUAGCUGCCGGCGCAAACUUCACGGUCGCCGCAGCGCCCUCCGGCAUCGGGCCGCUCGCCAAUGGGACCAAGCCAAAGAGGACCCCUGUGGUGACCAGGAAGCUGUUUUUCACCCUCUUCCAGGGUGACAGGGACGCCUGCACUACGUGCCCUGACUACAAUAAGUUUCCAAAUGACAAGGCGACGCUGCAGCGCCAGUGGCGGCUGUUCACAACCGCCGAGAAGGAGCUCAAGUUCCACUUCAAGAACGCGUCGGAGGCGGCGGUGUUCUUCGGCAACAUGAAGGUGAUCUAUGGGGGCAGCCUCGACCGAAUCCUGGAGGCCUGCGCCCGCGCCGGCACGCCCCAAAAGUGCAGCGCGGGUCCCAAGUACUACGGCCGCGGCCCCGUCCUCAUCACGGGCGCGGACAACUACGCGGCCAUGGGGAAGUUUCUCGGUCUGGACUUGACCUCGAACCCCGACUUGCUGCUCGACACCAACUCCACUGCAGGCUGGAAGUCGGCGCUGGCUUUCUGGGCCCUGGCGCCCGAGUUCAGCUGUGUUGGCGCCUUCAUAAAGGGCCCCCCCUGCCCCCGCGCCGCCCGCAACGGCAACGUCGCCGCGGUCACGCGCCGCAUCGUGCCCAACGAGUGCGUCCCCCUGGCUGCCAGGACGACCCCGGCAUGGAAGAUGCAGUCCGACCGGAUCUCGGCAAUCAACUCGGUGCGGGCCGUGUUUGGGCUGCCGCCGCUCAACCCGAUGACGGCCUGGUGCGGCAAGAAGGGGGCGUGA